CUCUCUCCCUACAACUUCUCAAUUAAGCUAGCUAGAUCGAUCGCUACUCUCUCCCUAUCUCCCCCCUCUCUCUCUUUAUCUCUCCUUAGAACUAAUUCGUCACAGAGGAGCAGGAGGAGGAGCAGCACCGCCGAAGCCAUGGCAUGCUCCCUCGUCCCUGUAGUGCUCGACGACCACCACGGUCACCACGAAGGAGUGCAGAAGCAGCAGCUGGAGCUCCGGCGCGGCCCGUGGACCGUCGACGAGGACCUCACACUCGUCAACUACAUCGCCAACCACGGCGAGGGCCGCUGGAACUCCCUCGCCCGCGCCGCCGGGCUGAAGCGGACGGGCAAGAGCUGCCGGCUCCGGUGGCUGAACUACCUCCGGCCCGACGUGAAGCGCGGCAACUUCACCGCCGACGAGCAGCUGCUCAUCCUCGACCUCCACUCCCGCUGGGGCAACCGAUGGUCAAAGAUCGCGCAGCACCUGCCCGGAAGGACCGACAACGAGAUCAAGAACUACUGGAGGACCCGGGUGCAGAAGCACGCCAAGCAGCUCAACUGCGACGCCAACAGCAAGCGGUUCCAGGACGCCAUGCGGUUCCUCUGGAUGCCGCACCUCGUCGACGUCGACGACCACCGCCACCGCCUCCUCCAGGCCCAGCAGCAGCAGCAGCAGCAUGCCGACGACGUCCAUGCCCUGUCCGCCGGCAUGGUGACGUCCUCGUCGGACUCGUUCGCGACGUCGGAGUCGUACGACGACGGGGGCCUCUAUGCAAGCGUGCACGCAGCAGAGAUGCUGGUGAACGGCGGAGAUUGGGUGCAGGAGGCGAGCCAAGGGCUGUGGUCUGAUCAGUGGUCGGCACCGGCCAACGGUAGCCAGUUUCAGGACCCGGAGCUCAGUGGAUGGGUGCAAAGCUUCUCUGAGGGCGUUACUGAGAAUUUUUGGACAUUGGAGGACAUUUGGAAGAUGCAAUGAAUAACUACAUGAUUUCAAGGGCCAUUAUAUAUAUGCGUUUAUUAUGGUGCUGUGAUUAAUCAUAGAUAAUUUAAGGAAGAAAAGUUGAGUCUGUAGUUAGUUUAUUUUUACUUCAAAAGUGAGGAUAAGAAAGUUUCUACUGCUCCCUUCUAAUUUUUUUUAUUUUUUGGUGGGCUCUUAGUUUUUGCCUCUUAAAGUUUCAUUCUUCUAGAGGUUGAAAGGAGAGAGCAUUAUUUGUAUCGAAACACUAUUGUAUAAUGUACAAUUAUACAGAUUAUUGGUACUAAAACUU